AUGUCUAUCCCGGAAUCCUUGGACUCUGCGCCGGGUGAAUCCUUUCUGAAUCCUCGGGAAGAGCCGUACAGAUCAAGGACGGACCAAAAGCCGUCCUCCAAAUUCGAUGUUUCCCCAUCGAGUGAACCCUGGCCAUCACUUUCGACUUCAACGGUGGGUCAAGAGGCGCACGCGCCAGAUCUCGACUCAUUUGAAAAUGGCUGGAACCUUCCAAACGAGACAACCGGUGAACUAGUGGAACUUUUCUUCGACAAUGUCCAAAGUUGGCUCCCCAUAAUUUAUCGUCCAUCGUUCGACGAAAAAUUCAUGCGGCUUGAAGCCCCAACGAAGACGGUUGUGAAUGGACAGAGCAUCGAUCCUGCCGAAGUCUUCAUGAUUACCAGCAUGUUUGCAAUCGCGGCAAGAUUUUCCACUUCGCCUUUCUUCAAAGAUAUUGCUCCCCCUGAUCGAGGGGACGUCUUUGCGACGCGGGCGGCCACCAUCAAGGAUGGAAUCAUCAAGACCAUCGAUGAGCCUUCCCUUGAAUUCGUCAAAGGCCUUGUGAUCCUUGCUUUUUAUCACUUCGCCGCAGGACAGUUGGCACCAGGAUCUGUCUUGACCAGCGUCUGCGUUCGCUUUGCAUACGACCUUUCACUAGAUGAGGUUGACGAGGAUCAGAUCAAUGAUGACGGAACUCUCAACGAUGACAGUUUGGAUGACGUGGAUGCUUGGGUACGCAGAGAAGAACUUCGCCGGCUUUGGUGGUCAAUAUGGGAGCUUGACACAUUUGUGGCCACUCUCUCUCGUCAACCAUACGGCAUCGAAAGAGGUGAAAUGAAGGUGUUCCUGCCCGUUUCCGACCAUCAAUGGGUUUCUAGGACUCCCAUCAGGUCAUCACCCGUGGCGUACCGGCCAGACACGGUAUGGAAGAGUCUGCAAGGGUCUCCAAAUCAAGCUGCUCGAGCCUGGUUCCUUGUGACCAAUUAUCUCAUGUCUUGCAUAGCUCAUGCUGGACGCCAGCCAUCCCGAAUCUCUCCCGAUACCAGAGCGGGCCUGGAAAGCGCGUUAUGCUGUCUGAAACUUUCCUUACCGACAGAAUUUCAACUUCGGUCCCUUUAUAUUGGCCAGAAAAAUUUCCCCGAGGGAAAUUGGAUCAUCUCAACACAUUUGAUGAUUCUAGCGUAA